CGGUGACAGCGGUGGGAGGAGGAAGCGCUGCGGCUGUCGGAUGGCUUCCUUUCAAAGAUCUAACAGCCAUGACAAGGUUCGAAGGAUUGUGGCGGAGGAAGGGCGCACUGCCAGAAACCUGAUCGCAUGGAGUGUCCCCUUGGAAAACAAGGAAGAUGAUGGUAAACCAAAAUGGCCAUGUGGGAAACCCAAGAGAGGAAUACAUGGAGUGCACAAACCUUCCAAGCAGAUCAACUUGCACUGUAAACUAAACUCUGGCCCCUCUACUGAUAAAAAUCAGGAUAAAAGCCCAACGAAAGCCAGGCACCCCAGAAAAGUGGAUCUCCGGGCUCGCUACUGGGCUUUUCUCUUUGAUAACUUACGAAGAGCUGUGGAUGAGAUUUAUGUGACCUGUGAAUCGGACCAAAGUGUUGUUGAAUGCAAGGAAGUUUUGAUGAUGCUCGAUAACUAUGUGAGAGAUUUCAAAGCUCUUAUUGACUGGAUUCAACUUCAGGAAAAGCUUGAGAAGACAGAUGCCCAAAGCAGACCUACAUCCUUGGCAUGGGAAGUGAAGAAAAUGUCCCCAGGGCGUCAUGUCUUGCCAAGUCCGUCAUCUGACAGAGUGAGCUCUGCUUCCAGUGCAAGGAGAGCUCUCAAUUUUGGGGGACCUACGCUUACCAUUACUCCCAGUCGCCUGACUUCAUCGGGAGUAAGUUGGGCAGAUAAAGUGAAGGCUAAUCACAGCAGCACUGCCGGCAACCAGGUUACAGAGACCAUGCGCUCCAGCGCACCGAGCCCCUCGCACAGAGUGCCACAUGAAACUGAGCGGACAGAUGCCGAAGGCUGGGAGACUGUACAACGUGGCAGGCCGGUGCGCUCCAGAUCUACAACAGCGGCAAACAAACCCUCUCCUACAGUAGCGGCAGAACAACGAGCAAAAGAUGACAGCAACAAGGAGAAUGUCUUUUCCAAGCCAAGCGAAGUGUUGCCACACGAGAUCUAUAAAUCCGACCUUGCCCCGGUUCUUGUGGAACCUCCUCAGAAGGAGUUGCUUUGCCCGUGUGAAAUUCCUCUGACGGAAAUAACCCAGUUCACUGUCCACAAGGCUUUAGAAGAAAUAAAGACCACCGGAACAUUUCCCCCCAAACCAGCUCCUUCCUUACCAUGUCUUGAUAUACCCGUUGUUUUCCUUGACCCCCUUUCUAAACUGCGGAAGACAGAGGUGACGCAUGCUACGGAUAUCGUGUCAUCGGGGGAAGGGAAGCGAGGCAGCGAUAUGGACCUAUCAAACGUGAGUUCUGGAAAAUUGUCUAUGGCAGAAGUUCUUGCAAAGAAAGAAGAGCUGGCUGAUCGUCUAGAAAAGGCCAAUGAAGAGGCCAUAGCGAGUGCCAUUGCUGAGGAAGAACAGCUAACAAGAGAAAUCGAGGCCGAGGAGAAUGAAAUUGAGAUUGACAAUGAAAGUGAUUUUUCUGCUAGCAUGGGAAGUGGAAGCAUGUCAUUCAAUGGCAAUUCCUUGGAUUGGAAUGAAGUUUUAGCAGAUUAUGAAGCUCGAGAAUCGUGGAGGCAGAACACAUCCUGGGGAGACAUUGUGGAGGAAGAACCUUCAAGGCCUCCUGGACACGGAAUCCACAUGCAUGAAAAGCUUUCUUCACCAUCAAGAAAAAGAACAAUUGCUGAAUCGAAAAAGAAGCAUGAGGAGAAGCAACUUAAAGCACAACAGCUGCGGGAGAAGCUACGGGAAGAAAAAGCAUUUAAGGUUCAAAAACUGCUGGAAAGGGAGAAAGAAGUGCGGAAGUGGAAAGAGGAAUUACUGGAGCAGAGGCGUAAAAUGAUGGACGAAAAGUUGCUCCAUGCUGAAUUUAAGCGGGAGGUACAAUUACAAGCAAUUGUGAAGAAGGCGCAGGAAGAGGAAGCAAAGGUAAAUGAGAUUGCUUUUAUCAAUACAUUGGAAGCCCAAAACAAGCGACAUGAUGUCUUAGCCAAAUUAAAGGAAUAUGAGCAAAGACUUAACGAGCUUCAAGAAGAACGGCAGCGAAGGCAGGAGGAGAAGCAGGCUCGUGACGAAGCUGUACAGGAACGCAAGCGAGUUUUGGAAGCUGAGCGCCAGGCCCGUGUUGAGGAACUAUUAAUGAAGAGGAAGGAGCAAGAGGCCCGUAUAGAGAUGCAGCGGCUUGAAAAGGAGCGUGCGAGGGAGGAUGCAGCCAGAGAGAGAGCCAGGGACAGAGAAGAAAGGUUGGCAGCUUUAACCGCAGCACAGCAGGAGGCAAUGGAGGAGCUGCAGAAGAAGAUUCAACUCAAGCAUGAUGAGAGCGUUAGGAGACACUUGGAACAGAUUGAGCAGAGGAAGGAGAAGGCUGCAGAACUCAGCAGUGGCAGGCAUGCCAGCACCGACUACGCUCCCAAACUCACCCCGUACGAGCGGAAGAAGCAGUGCUCUCUAUGCAAUGUGACGAUUUCCUCUGAUGUUUACCUUUUUAGCCACAUUAAAGGCAGAAAGCACCAACUGGCCGUGAGAGAGAACAGCAGCAUACAGGGCAGGGAACUCUCUGACGAAGAAGUGGAACACCUUUCUUUAAAAAAAUACAUAGUGGAUAUACUGGUAGAAACAGCUGCCCCAGCCGAGCCUGUGAAAGAUGGGGAAGAGAAGCAAAAAAAUAAGAAGAAGGCCAAGAAGUUAAAAACUCGUUUGAACAGCAGAGCAAAGGAGUAUGAAAAUACAAUGGAGGCCAAAACCCCUGUGACUGAUUCUCCAUACAAAGCCAAGUUGCAGAGACUCACCAAGGAUAUUCAGAAGCAGCUACAAACGCAGGACAGUGGUGCCUGGCCCACCAAUAAAGUAUCAGCCCUGGACAGAGCCUUGGGGGAGAUUUCCAGGAUCCUGGAGAAGCAGAACGCGGCUGAUCAGAUAGCAUUCCGGGCAGCAGGUGGACUUUCUGUCCUAGAACAGAUUUUGCAGACAGCAACCCCAGUAUGCAACUCCAGUCCGGCCACCCGUCUGCCAUUCAAAUCUCUUUGCAGCGCUGUAAAUAUCUACACUUUGAGCUGCAGUAACUGCCCAGAGAAUUGCACGUAUGUCCUGCUCAGCAGCAAAAUCACGUUUCUGCUUGAACUUUUGAUACAGCAGCUAGCGUUAUUUGUCCCAGACGAAGACAAGACCAUCUCAGGAAGGAGUGUUAACAGGCAGGUCUUUGACAGCUUGACCACAGGACUCCUACAUUUAUGUUCUCGGAUCUUUACGUUCCUAACAUGCAACUCCUCAUCAGGAAAUGACAAAACAGGCAAUACCAACCUAAAACUGGAAACCAAGAGUAAAGGGUCAUCAACCGACUCCGUUAACAGUCGUGUUCAAGACAUCAUUAGUUACACUGUGAAUAUUGGGCUGGUUGACAAGCUUUGUGGCUGCUUUCUCUCCAUACAAGGUCCGCUUGAUGAGAACCCCAAAGUGUCUGCGUUUCUGCAGUCAGCCGCUGCUCUGUUGCAAGAACUGUGCAGACUAUGUAUGUCUGUAACUAGAAGAUCUAGUGACAUAUUUGAAGCAUGCGCAGAUACUACGGGGCUGUCAGCCUCACUCCAGACCUCAGAUCUUGUCGGUGUCCUGCACAUGUUGUACUGUACCCUGUUCCAUAGCACAACCUCCGAUCCUAGUGUUUCCAGCUCCAAAGAGACAUAUGACCAGAACACCAUCCAAGUGGCAUCUCACAGUUUACGAUUCCUCAACAGCUUUGCCAUGCUAGACCUUCAGGCAUUCCAGUCUGUCGUAGGUGCGGAGGGCCUUUCUCUUGCUUUCCGGCACGUGAUCAGUUCCCUUCUCUGGUUUUGCUGUCAGUACACCUGUGAGGAUCUUCUUCAUGAAAUCAUUGUGUGCGUUGGAUACUUCACAGUUAAUCAUUCUGAUAAUCAGGUUACUGUCCAGUCUGGCCGUCACCCAACUGUCCUACAGAAGCUCUGCCAGCUUCCCUUCCAGUACUUCAGCGAUUCACGGCUGGUCCGGCUCCUGUUUCCCUCUCUGAUCUCCGCCUGCUACAACAACCCUCAGAACAGACUUAUUCUGGAGCAGGAGCUAAGCUGUCAACUGCUCGCCACUUUCAUUCAGGACUGUUUGCAAGGAUCAAGCAAUGCCGACAGUAAGACGUCUCAACACAAAGAAAAUUCUCAGCACUACCUGGAAUUCUCCAGCCGUUUCCCACGUCAAUACUGGGAGCUUGCCCAAAGAUUCUUUCUGAAAAAGGAUGAAGAUAAAUAAGAAAUACAAGAUUUUUUUUUUUAACUUUAUUUUAAAUAUUUGAACGCCUGGGAUUUCCAUAACAUGUACAGUAUUGUGACAAUUCUGUAAUUAUACCUAAUCACUUUGUGUUCAAUGCACACUUAUUUAUAUGUUUAUCAUGUAGAUACUGAGUGGUUUAAGAUUUUACUGGCCUCUUUGACCUAACCAUAUAGGGAGGGCUCUUGGUUGUUUUUGUAAUGGGAAUGAGUUCAACGUGCAGAGUUUGGGUUAAUGUUCCUUGAUAUUAAAGUAAAUGCUUUGCAAAUAUAAAUGUUGUGUGUGAGUGAACAUUUCUGUCUUAUAUAUCUUGCAAUAAAAUAAGUUAUUCUCUUUCUGA